CAUGCAAGCAGUCUCAACCUUUGAUGCACAUAAGACUGCCAUAUCAUCGCUCGUUUUCUCAAGAAGGUUCUUGAAAUUGUAGCAAGACAAGUAGAACACAAUGGCAACACGUUCAGUUCCCCAGCUCUCGCUUGAGGCAGCGCUCGUAGCCUCACAAGCAGCCCAAGAGAAGGCGAAGUCAAUGGGAAUAGACUUCAAUAUCGCCCUCGUCGACAACUCACUGUACCUCCUCCACUUCACCCGCAUGCCCAACGCGAAACUCACAUCCGUCGACAUUUCCAUCAAUAAAGCAUUCACCGCCGCAGGGCAUCGUGUCCCAACCUCAACUUACACAACAACCACGAAGAACUUCUUGCCUGGAGGUCCUGGCUACGGAAUUCACAACUCCAAUGGUGGGAGGUUCACAUUGAUUGGAGGAGGUCUGCCUAUCGAGAUCGAUGGACAAGUUGUCGGCGCCAUUGGAGUGAGCACGGGUACACCAGCUCAAGAUACGGAGGUCGCACAGGCAGGAGUGGACGCAUUGUUAGCGUGGAACAGGAGGCGGGGAGGCAGUAAGCUGUAGCUGAGUGCAUCGAAGCGAGGUGAUGUGAUAAUGAUGAUGAUUUUGUACGAUACUAGGCGCUUUUGUCCAGGCGUC